AUCGCGGGCACUGGGUCAGACAUUGAAUCGUCUGGCUGGACAGCGGGCAUCGGGUCACCAGGCAUCAGGUCAUUUGGCUCGACAGCGGGCACCGCGUCAUCUGGCAAGGCAGUGGGCACCGAGUCACCAGGCACGACAGUGGGCUCUGAGUUAAUUGGCACGACAGCAGGCACCAGGUCAUCAGGCAUGACCGCGGGUACUGGGUCUUCUGGCGCUGGAUCGUCUGGCUCGACAGCGGGCAUUGGGUCACCAGGCAUGACAGCGGGCACUGGGUCAUCAGGCAUUGGAUCAUCUGGCUCGACAGCAGGCAUCGGGUCACCAGGUAUGACCGCGGGCACUGGGUCAUCAGGCAUUGGAUUGUCUGGCUCGACAGCAGGCAUCGGGUCACCAGGCAUGACAGUGGGCACCGGGUCAUCAGGUACCGGAUCGUCUGGCUCGACAGCGGGCACUGGGUCAUCAGGCAUGAUAGGAUCAUCAGGCUGGAUCAGUUCAUCAGGCUGGGUACAGACAUCAGGC